GUAUCUUAAUUGCAUUUGUUUCCUAAAUUUGGGCAAUUUCCCUGAUUAAUAAAUUCUGUCUUUUGUGUUUUUAUUUUUAAACUUCUUCAGGUGAAGUUGAAACUAUGGUAGGUAACCUUCGCGCCCAGCGCGAGGCCGGAAAAUUUUGUGAUAUUGUUCUACAUGUUGGAGGAAAAAGAUUUCCAGCACAUCGGUCUGUUUUGGCUGCUUCCAGUCCUUAUUUUGAGUCUAUAUUAAGACAUGAUAAAAUAGCUAAAGAAGAAAUUACAAUUGGAUGGGAAGAUGUUGAAAGUUUCAAACUUCUUCUCGAUUAUAUGUACUCUGGUAAUGUGACCAUCGAUGAAAAUAAUGUCAAUGGUUUACUCCGAUUAUCUACUCAUUUUCUUAUAUCCAAAUUACAAGGAUUCUGUGAACAGUAUUUAGAACAAACUGAAUUUAACUUGAAUAAUGACAAUGGUAUUGAUAAUGGAGAUGAUAGCAAUAUGGAUGAUACUACAGAGAAUAAAGUGAAAAAAUCAACAACAGAUGAAGAAAAUGAUGAAGAAGAUGAUGGGGGACAUUCAGCAAAUAAAAGCAAAAGGAGGAAAGUUAAAAGCAAAUAUGCGUCCGAAGAAUGGAUCACCGAUGAAAUACCCGUUUCUAAGCGUCGUUCCCCGGAGCAAACAGGUGAAGCUCGAAGAGCAGUAGCAUCAAUUCAAUCAGGGGAUGAAUCACUUGCUCUCGAUGACUCAAGCCAAGAGCCAAAAAAGUGGAAAGGAGGUAUCAAAUGUCCACACUGUAUUUAUGUUGGUAACACUGUGACCAGAUUAGAACAACACUUGUCCAGAGUUCACGACGAAGAUACAACUUAUAAAUGUCGCUUUUGUGAUUUUAGUUGCAAUUGGAAUCGAGAAUACUAUUUACAUAUGAAGUGUCAUUUUGAAGGACCUCCAUACAAGUGUGAGGAUUGUGAUUACACAUGCGAUCGCAUCCAAUUUAUCUUAUCUCAUCUUAUGAGACACACAAAUGAAAGGCCUUUCCAUUGUAAAAUGUGUCCCUUCAAAUCACGGACCAAAGGAAACUUGAAUGUACACAUGAGGAUUCACACUGGAGAAAAACCUUACAGAUGUCAAUUCUGCGAUCGUGGUUUUGCUAUGAAAAACACUUUAGACCAACAUUUAGCUACUCAUCGGGACGACCGUCCUUUCCUCUGUGAUACCUGUGGUUUUACAACGAAAUAUCAAUCACAUUUGCUUUCGCAUAAAAGAAUCCACACAGGAAAUGUUUUCCAUUGUACCCAUGAAGGAUGCGAAUAUUUCUCCCCGCGACGAUCACAACUUGCAGCUCAUGAGAGAAGUCACUCUUCAAUCCGAUCACAUAUUUGCGUAACGUGUGGACGCGGUUUCAUCGAAAAGAGUCAUCUCAUUCGCCAUGAAAGAAUACAUCUUGAAGACAAACCAUUCAAAUGUGAUGUUUGUAAUUAUGAAAGUACCCGACGAGAUAAACUGAAAGAGCAUGUUAUAAAACAUCAUUCGGGUGACGCAAAAACUCCCGCUCCUUAUAAACCUAGAAAAACUCGAAGGCAAAGUCAAGUUACGGUUCUUGAGGAAAACUCAGUUCCUGAAUUAUCUGAUAGUCAGAUAAUUGCUACAACACCAGGGGAAGUUGAAAUUGCUGCUUCAGAACAAGAAGUGGCUACAGCAAAUCUCAUUUAUGAAUAUCAACCAGACGGUGAAACAUCUAAAACGCUAGUUAUUCAAAACAUGGAAACCGAAGGAGAAUCUUGUUUCUUACAGCUAGCUCCAUCUUCCUAAUUAAUCUUAUCUAAUAUUUACAUAUCUGUAUUUAUGUGUUUUUGAUGUAAUACAUUUUUGAAUCAAUUAAACAAUCGAAAAAUGAUGUCACCAGCUACGUACAUAAGUUGCAAGCUUGUAUCAAUGAACGUUCA